UUGUAACUAUAUUGUUUAUUAAAGGGGAAAAAACGCGGUCCGCCUAUAUCCCACAAUGCCAGUCGGCGAUUUUGAUUAUAAUGCGCAUGCGCAGGGCCUUCUUUCUUUUUUGGACCGAAGCGUUGUCCUAAGAAAUGGCCAAGCGCACCAAGAAGGUGGGGAUAGUGGGGAAGUACGGUACCCGCUACGGGGCCUCUCUCAGGAAGAUGGUGAAAAAGAUCGAGAUAAGCCAGCACGCGAAGUACACCUGCUCUUUCUGCGGAAAGACGAAAAUGAAGAGAGAGGCGGUUGGCAUCUGGAACUGUGGCUCUUGCAUGAAGACUGUAGCUGGAGGUGCUUGGACAUACAACACAACAUCUGCUGUUACUGUGAAGUCUGCAAUUAGAAGACUGAAGGAGCUGAAAGACCAGUGAACAUCUUUUCGAUAAUUUGUUCAUCGCUCAAUAAAUCUCUCAUGAGGAUUUGUUUGACUAUAAAAGUCCUGUCAUCCUUGCCUGUUUUCCUGCAAUUGUGCUGUGUCAUGGUAUUAAGUGGAUCAAAGACUCAUCUUGGACAUGUCUACUCAUGAAUAAAUAAACCCUUUCUCUAGGGGGACUGCAAUAUAGGAACCAAUACCUUGGUUAUCCACCCUACAGGACCUAAAUAAAUUGGACGUAAAUCAUGA